AUGUCCAAGCCAAGGUUGGAAGGUAAGGUGGCAAUUGUCACGGGGGCAGCGAGUGGGAUUGGUGAGGAGGCAGUGAGAUUAUUCGUCGAGAAUGGGGCUUCGGUUGUUGCGGCUGACGUCCAAGAUGAAUUGGGUUGUCGAGUCGUGGCUUCAAUAGGCUCAGAAAAGGUCACUUAUAGACAUUGCGAUGUGAGAGACGAGAAUCAGGUGAAAGAAAUGGUCAAUCAUACCUUGGAGAAGUUUGGGAGCUUGGAUAUAUUGUUUAGUAAUGCUGGAAUCAUAGGUACGCUAACAGGAAUCUUGGACCUCGACAUUUCGGGUUUUGACGACACAAUGGCCACCAACGUUCGUGGUGUUGCUGCCACCAUCAAACACGCAGCUCGAGCCAUGGUGGCCGGAAAAGUUCGCGGGUCAAUCAUUUGCACCUCGAGCGUGGCAGGCUUGAUCGGAGGGACUGGACCGCACGCGUACACGGCAUCCAAGCAUGCUCUCGUGGGCCUCGUCCGAGCUACUUGUAGCGAGUUGGGGACCUAUGGAAUUCGGGUUAAUUGCAUCUCUCCCUUUGGAAUUGCCACACCCCUUUCUUGUGCAGCUUACAAUUUGAAGCCACAUGAGGUUGAAGCUAAUAGCCUAGCCUUGUCCAACUUGAAAGGGACUGUGUUAAAGGCCAGGGAUGUUGCCGAAGCCGCGCUUUUUCUCGCUUCCGACGAAUCAACAUAUAUCAGUGGACACAACUUGACCGUCGAUGGAGGUUUUACGGUUGUCAACCACAGUUCCUCUGCAUUUUAA